AUGUCAGCCAAUGACCAAGUUCUCGGCAGUGUGGAUGACGGCGAGGCGCAAGAGCCAACUCCUACCCAGCCCCUGGACGACGCUGAGGAUGUGUCAAGCGAGGAAGGUGAUGUUGACGCCGUGGACGGCGAUGCCCAGGACAGUGAUGCAGCGGCCAGCGCUUCGGGGCGGGUCAAUGACCCAAACGUGCCACCAGCCAACGGCGUAUCCACACUCAACACCCUGCCGGUCGAGCUCCUUCGAUUCAUCACAGCGGACCUCGACCCUAUCGCCCAUCACAGCCUUAGGCUUUCCCGCAAAAGUCUCCGAGCACACGUGGAUGCUCCUCCCCUCAUGUCGUAUGGGGAAUACAUCCAGUUUCACAAGCAAUUCGAAGCCCACUCACCCCGGAAACUCAAAGAGCUUCUCUGUCCCUUCUGCAACACCUUCAAAAAAUCCACACCAUCAAAAACAACAUUCACAGAUGCCCAAGCCGUUCAGAACUAUAGCGGCAAACGUACCUGCAUCGAAUGCGGUAUUGCGAAUGGGCACUACGACAAGCGCGAUGUGGUGAUCAAGAAGAAGAAGCUUUUCGUAUGCGGAGGGUGCAAGCUUAUCCUACCGCAUGAGAAGGAGGACAAGGUUGUCGCGGAUGUGGUCUUCACGAAAGGCUAUCCAUACCAUGACAGCGGUUGGGGCAGAGGUGCUGAGAUCACCUUGGAUUCCGGAGGGAAGAGAUGGUGUAAGCUGUGUCGCGUCGUGGUUGGUCAGUUGGGAGACAGCGGCGCGGUAAAGGUAAAGCAGGUAUAUAUGCCCUGA